GUCGUCUUCCUUCGAGAUCUUCUUUACGGAUUCUCUUCAAAACACCCUAAGGAUCAGAGUGGGUUAACACGUAGGAUUAAAGGUUAACGGUUAAGUAUCGGGUGUAAAAGACUAAAUCAUCGUAUGAUAUGAUGAUGAUGAUGAUGUAGAUAGAAGUAAGUCAAAACUUCUCCGGGAACUUUUUUCCUUACUCGUUGUUUUUGAGUAAUUGUUUUCCAGUCGGUGAUUACAUGUCAGUGCAAUAAUGCAAAGUCUUAGUCGUGACAUCUCCUCUGUCUGUGACACAUUGCGGAUUUGUGGAGUGUAAGAUUAGAGCUUUAAAUCUCUGCUUCCCAAUUCGACCGUGUCGAGGCGGGCGGGGCAAUUUCUAGGUGUUGUCUGAACACCAGGAUGGGAUAAAAAGACACUUCAACAUUUGGAUCAUCUGUCUCACACCGGAGAUCUUUUAGACGUUGUGUAUGCUCUCCUUGAUGGACUCUCUCUCACCUGAUCACUUUUAGACGUUAUUUUUUUACGUUGUCGAUGCUCUUUCUCACACCGGAGAUCUUUUAGACGUCGUGUAUGCUCUCCUCGAUGCUCUAUCUCACACCGGAAAACUUUUAGACGUUGUUGAUGCUCUUUUGGACGUUGUUAAUUCUCUCCUCGAGGCUCUUUCUCACAACGAAGAUAUAUUAGACGUUGUUUAUGCUUCUUCCAUGAUGAACUUCUGCAUCCCAGACAUGUACGAGAUGCCCCACUCUGGGAACGGAGGUUUCGCGGUGCAGGGUGGAGGUUUCGGAGGGGGGGAACACUGCAUGUUUCAAGGUGAAGAUCCUGGGUUUGGAUACUGUGAUUCCCAGCCUCUUCACCACCAGCCGCCUUGCAUGGAACAAACAUGGCCGCCAAGCCAGCAGUUUUCUUGUGCGUUCGCCAGCGGGCCUCCGGCGUUUAAGAACGAGUUUUGCGGCCGGGACGUUCCUCUGAGUCACUUCCAACACCAGCAGCAGCCAGAGUUCUUCCCCGAGAUCUCACCUGACUUCGCUCACCUGCAGUGGAUGCAGGGAGAAAACAGGAAAGGGUAUAUUCCCAGUUACCUGGACAAGGAUGAGCUCUGUGUCGUGUGCGGGGACAAAGCCACGGGUUAUCACUAUCGCUGCAUCACCUGUGAAGGGUGCAAGGGAUUCUUCAGGCGGACGAUCCAGAAGAACUUGAACCCGACGUACGCCUGUAAAUACGAGGGAAAUUGCGUCAUCGACAAAGUGACGAGGAACCAGUGCCAGGAAUGUCGCUUCAAGAAGUGCAUCGCGGUGGGAAUGGCAACCGACUUGGUGUUGAACGACAGCAAGAGGCUGGCGAAGAGGAAACUGAUCGAGGAAAACCGGCAACGCCGUCGGAAAGAAGAACUCCAGAAGACUGUGUGGGAUCGCCAGGAACCGACGCAGGAGGAGUGGGAUCUGAUCCGAAUGGUGACGGACGCCCACAUGACCACGAACGCACAAGGAAACCACUGGAAACAGAAGCGGAAAUUCCUGGUCGAGGAAGCAAUGCUUCUUAAUGAAAUAACAUGUAAUUUAUUCUAUACUUCUGACCAGAGUGCUGCAGGGGUGAAGGAAGAUAAGCCUGAGGAUAUUGGUCAAGCGUCGAUGGUCAAUACGCCGGAAGACAACAAAGUGGAUAUAGAAGCCUUCAGUCAGUUUACAAAAAUUAUCACCCCUGCCAUAACCCGAGUGGUGGACUUUGCCAAAAAACUGCCUAUGUUUUGUGAUCUGCCUUGUGAAGACCAGAUCAAACUGCUGAAAGGCUGCUGCAUGGAGAUCAUGUCUCUGCGAGCGGCGGUCCGAUACGACCCAGAGAGUGAAACCCUGACGCUCAACGGAGAGAUGGCCGUCACGCGAGGACAGCUUAAAAACGGAGGCCUGGGCGUGGUUUCGGAUGCCAUCUUUGACCUCGGCGUGUCGUUGUCGUCCUUUAACUUGGACGACUCCGAAGUGGCUCUUCUUCAGGCCGUUAUCCUGCUUUCAUCUGAUCGUCCGGGCCUGACCAGCGUGGAUCGGAUCGAGCGUUGCCAAGAGGAGUUCCUGCUGGCCUUCGAACAUUACAUCCACUACCGGAAGCACAAGGUGUCUCACUUCUGGCCCAAGCUGCUGAUGAAAGUCACCGAUCUGAGGAUGAUCGGAGCGUGCCACGCCAGCCGCUUCCUGCACAUGAAAGUGGAGUGUCCCACCGAGCUAUUCCCUCCCCUCUUCCUGGAGGUCUUCGAGGACUGACCAAUGGAUUUUAAUGUAUGUGUGUGUGUGUGAAUGCAUGUGUGUGUGUGAGCGCCAGCAGAAGGUCUGUCACUAUGAACUCUCUAUUAGCACUACUGAGUGUCACUUCAUUCCAUAGUUUUUAGCUCGCUGGUCUAGUUUCAGAUGAUCCAGUCCUUACAGUGCGGGUACAUGUGAAUAGCAUUUUAUUUUUUUGUUGUUAUUAUUGUUGUGGAUAUAACCUCUCACCUCGGAUUUUACUUUUUUGAUUGAUUGAACAGUUGGCAUAACUUAAUCAACACUUCGUUAGAAAGAACAUGCAAAAAUGUCGUAUUUUCUUUCCUUUUUUUAUGUUGGAGAAAUGGCUGCUCACCUGACGCACAAAGUCUGCGAUCGAUCCGCCAUUUUGUUUUGUUUUUGACUUCAUUGAUGGUGUAUUAACCGUCAGUCGUCCCUCCGGUGAGAGUCAGUGUCUCACCGCCAUACUGUGACCGUUAACACACACGCGCCGGCUUUAUAUGUCUCCAAACAUCACAAAGCGGCGUUCCAGAAAUGUCGGAGGAAUCUGAAUCUGCAUCAAAAACCCCGGCAAAUCUUGCUUCUCUCAUAUUCAACAGUAUUAAAAGGUGCAGCAACCCUUUCACACCACAGUAUUGAUAAACCUCACACUACUCCUGUCUUUACUGCAGGAAGCUCAACAUUACCUCUGCUCUGCUGCAACUUCUGAAGCAAACGAUGCUAAAUAUAAUGGACUGAGCAGCUAUGACAGCAAAUAGGGCCAUGCAACAAUAUAUAUAUAUUUGUUAAAAAUACGUUUUCUUUUUGAAGAAUAGGGAUUUAUUUAUGACGGCAUAUUAAAGGUGGGGUAGGUAAGUUUGAGAAACCGGCUCGAGAUACACUUUUUGUUAUAUUCCAUGGAAUGCUCU